AUGAGCUUCAACAUAACAUCCGACGGUUCUCCUACGCCCCGCAAGGGCCUUACCCGCUUCUCCAUGGCUGCCGGAGAUCUGAAGAUCGACACUUCACCAGAGGUACUGGGCCAGGCAGUAGGCGUCAGCCAGAACCACUAUCCAUAUAACCUCCAUCGUGCUUUCGGCCCGUCAUUGACCUCGAAUGUGCAGGGUAUGAAGCGGCCGCUGGGCUCUUCUGCUCUAGGAAAUCAGGCCAUGCUGCCCAUGCAGCAGUAUCCUUUCGAUGGCUAUAAGGUUAGUCGGUCAAACGAUCAUCCUUUCUACCCAACCACACUCAAGGCCAGGAUGGAUGGCCAGGAUGAAUCUUCCGUCAUGGACUCGCUCCUCCAGCGUCUCAACGGUCGCUCUUCUCCUCAGGACCAGUACAACUCCUCCAGCGGUUCCGUACCCAUUACUCCCGCUACAGACGAGUUUGCUUCUACGCCGCCAACAUCGACCGAUUCUUCUAUGCUCAUCAUCGAUGCUACUGAACUUCAGAAGCUCAAAGCAGAGUUGAUGGAAGCUCGAAACGAAGUCACACGCAUGAACCAGGAAAUGCACAGUCACCAAGUAGCGCAAUCCACAACAGAGCACCUUUGGCAGACCUCUGAGGCCGACUACAACUAUAGCGGCGACGUUGCGCAGCAGUCUCUUACCCAACUGCAGAACAAAUUCAAUACUUCGACCCGUAAUAACUAUGGCUGGGGCAACGAGCCGGUUCAGGCAGCUCGUCCUCCCUAUACCAGCAGCAACAGCUUUGGACCUCCGUAUCAAGCUCAGACUAUGGCUCGCCCGUCUUCGGAACAAUCAGGAUAUCGCCGCAAUAACCAUCUCAACGAGCCUACACAUUUUCCUCUCGAUCAGAGUUUCCGGGGCAGUGGUGGCAUGAAUGCUAGCUUGGGCAACGGUCUGAGUAACAGCUUCAGCAACAACUUCAACAUUGGUCUGAGCAACCCACCGAGUCGCCCAGGCUCCACUUUCGAACCGCUGUACAACCAGUACUCCAUGUCUCCAAUGUACAGUGGUCCUGGUAAUCCCGCACCGAUUGGAACCAUGCCUCCUAUGGGCAGCAGAUUGUCGCCUGAUGCGAGCGAGUUCAACAUCCCUACCGGACUAGGUCCUUCUCCGUGGAACUCUCAGUCACCCAGUGAGACAGGCCCUACUCAAUACGUCCCUCCUGUCGAACCGAUGAACUAUCGCCGCCUGCUGGAUCGUAACAUGAGCUGCAACUGGAAGUACAUUGUCGACAAGAUCAUCUGCAACAACGAUCAACAAGCUUCUAUAUUCUUGCAGCAAAAGCUCAAGGUGGGCACCCCUGAGCAGAAAUUCGAGAUAGUCGAGGCCAUCAUCUCCCAAGCCUACGCCCUAAUGGUCAAUCGUUUCGGCAACUUCCUCGUUCAGCGCUGCUUCGAGCAUGGCACUCCCGAGCAAGUCAUCGCUAUCGCUCAAGCUAUCCGCGGCAAUACACUUGCUCUCAGCAUGGAUGCUUUCGGGUGCCAUGUCAUCCAGAAGGCCUUCGACUGCGUCCCCGAAGAAUAUAAAGCGACCAUGGUUCACGAGCUACUUCGACGCAUCCCGGAAACUGUCAUCCACCGCUACGCUUGCCAUGUCUGGCAGAAGCUGUUCGAGCUUCGCUGGAGCGACUCUCCGCCUCAGAUCAUGCGUUACGUCAACGAGGCCCUCCGGGGCAUGUGGCAUGAGGUCGCCCUGGGUGAGACUGGUAGUUUGGUAGUGCAGAAUAUCUUUGAGAACUGUCUCGAAGAAGACAAGCGUCCCUGUAUCAACGAAGUACUUGCCAGUAUCGAUGUCAUCGCUCAUGGCCAGUUCGGUAACUGGUGCAUUCAACACAUCUGCGAGCACGGAGCUCCUGCUGAUCGUAGCCGUGCGAUUGACCACAUCCUCCGCUUUGCCACCGAAUAUAGCAUGGACCAAUAUGCUUCGAAGGUGAUCGAGAAGUGUCUGAAGAUUGGAGGCAACGAGUUCCUUGACCGCUACCUGGAGCGAGUGUGCGAAGCUCGACCCGAUCGUCCACGCAUGCCUCUUAUCGACAUCGCCGGCGAUCAGUUUGGAAACUAUCUCAUCCAGUAUAUCUUGAGCAGUAGCGGCGGUCAGCACCGCGAAAUUGUCGGCGGUCAUAUCCGCAAGCACAUGGUCUCCCUGCGUGGCUCCAAGUACGGUUCUCGCGUUGCUAUGCUUUGUUGCAACCCUGCUCUUGCUACGCGUCCGGGACCUCCAACCAAUAUGGCUCCUCGAUUCAACAGCAGCAGCAGCAGUAACCCCAUGCCACGCAACGCAUAUGGCGGCUUCCGUUGA